CAAGUGCAAUAUACAUGUGAACCAGAAGAGCUUCCUAGUGGAGAAGUUCGCCCUCGAUGCUUUCCUAUCCCUCGCAUCUUUAGAAUAUGCCCUGACCGUCCGGCCGUGGAAAUCACGAAACUUAUCAAGAUCGACCUCAAGACAGGAGAGAUUGAAAUGCCAGACGAGUCUAGUUCCCUUCUUCCAAAGGGCAAGCACUGGCGAGACAUACGUCGAUACAACCCUGAAGCCAAAGCUGGAUCGAGUGAUUGA